GUUUGGCGCAGAAGGUGACAGCAGGUGGAGCGAGCUCACACUACACUACCCGUCAUCCCGCGUGCACAGCUCGCUCAUGUAUAUUUAUGAGGCGUUUCUGCAGUGAGGCGGCUGGAUAUUAUUGAUGUCUCGCUGAGGAGGUGGUGGCUUGUGCUCGGCGGAGAAAAAAAGGGCCUGAAUUUAGUUUUCCAGAACGACUAGUCAUCCGCCCGCCGCUCGCGCAACCCGCGUCUCGAUGCAGAGGCUGCUCGCGCUCGCGUCACUAAUGGCAACCAGCGCGCGCCAGGAUGCGUGUGCCUUUAUGAGGGAGACCGAACAUCGCGUCUAACUUGGGAUUUAACGCGUAUAUCGAAAAUAAUUGGGAUACAUGUGAUUAAAUGCGAUUUUUCUGAAUCGAAUGGAUGCGGGAACGAUGCCUCUCCGUGUGGGGAUUUCCUUACUGUGCCUCUUCAUGAGCUCUGUGGUACAUACCAGCAUGUCUUUGGCUCAUUACGGAGACGCCUUGGUAAAGACGAGGGCUCGGCGUGAUGACGCCAGGUACCUCGGGAAAGAGAACACCGUACCAGUCCGGUUAGUCUACCAAAUGGACGGAGACCGUCAGACCGCUCAUGAUGCUGUGAACACACGGAUCCGAAUGAGAUCUGACAGUAAACAGAACCACGUUGCUCAGGCGAGCUUCCAGGUGCAAGCUUUUGGACAGACCUUCAUUUUAGACGUAGAGCUGAACCAUGACCUUCUGUCAUCCAAUUACAUUGAGAGGCACUUAUCUGAAGAGGGGAAGCCAGUUGUGAGCAAAGGUGGAGAACACUGUUAUUACCAUGGGAAAGUGCGUGAUGUUCCUAAGUCAUAUGUGGCGCUUUCGACUUGCCACGGAUUACAUGGGAUGUUCUUUGAUGGGAAUCACACCUACAUGAUCGAACCAGGAGGAGAAAAUACCACAAGUGAGGAGGUCCAUGUGCACAUGGUUUAUCAGUCUCAUAGUUUGGACACUUCAGAAGAUUUCAUUUCUCCAGUUCAUCUGGCAGAGUCACUUUUUGAAAACCCUCCAUUGUUCAGUGCCGCCCACCGGAGAAAAAAGAGACAGAUAUCACGAAAUCCACGGAGUGUUGAAGAUGAGACCAAGUAUGUAGAGCUGAUGGUCAUAAAUGAUCAUUUGAUGUACAAGAAACAUCGGCUUUCCGUUGGACAAACAAACAACUACGCCAAAUCUGUUGUAAAUAUGGCUGAUCUGUAUUUCAAGGAGCAACUCAACACUAGGAUUGUCUUGGUUGCCAUGGAAACGUGGGCAGCGGACAACAGGUUUAACAUCAACGACGACCCCAUGGUGACCUUACGGGAGUUUAUGAAGUACAGGAGAGACUUUAUUAAAGAAAAAUGUGACUCCGUUCAUCUUUUCUCGGGCAACCGUUUCCAUAGCAACUGGGGCGGAGCCUCAUAUAUGGGUGGAGUCUGUUCUCUCACUAAAGGAGGCGGAGUCAAUGAGUAUGGAAAGGAAAUGGCCAUAACUCUCGCUCAGUCACUGGGACAAAACAUUGGCAUCUUUUCUGAUAAGAAACGCAUUUUAAAUGGGGAGUGCAAGUGUGAAGAUAAAUGGUCUGGUUGCAUAAUGGAUGAUGUUGGCUUCUACUUACCUGAGAGGUUUUCUGACUGUAAUGUGGAAGAGUUUCAUGAUUUCCUGAACAGUGGAGGCGGCGCUUGUCUCUUCAACAAACCCUCAAAGCUCUUGGAUCCUCCAGAGUGUGGAAAUGGCUUUGUGGAGGCAGGAGAGGAGUGUGACUGUGGAAGCCCAGCCGAGUGUGCUAAAGAGGGGGAAAACUGCUGCAAAAAAUGUAUGUUGACUCAGGGAGCCAAAUGCAGUGAUGGUCUCUGUUGUAAAAACUGCCAGCUGGAGUUUAUGGGUGUGCUUUGUCGAGAGGCUGUCAAUGAUUGCGACAUACCGGAAAUGUGCACUGGGAACUCCAGCCAGUGUCCUCCAAACCUACACAAGAUGGAUGGGUACACGUGUGAGAAAGAUCAAGGAAGAUGUUUCAACGGCAGAUGCAAAACCAAGGAUAGGCAGUGCAAGUAUCUCUGGGGAGAGAAAGCGACAUCGGCUGAUAAGUUUUGCUAUGAGAAACUCAACAUUGAGGGCACAGAGAAGGGCAACUGUGGACGUGACAAAGACACCUGGAUACAGUGCAAAAAACAGGAUGUUCACUGUGGAUACCUGCUGUGCUCCAACAUUUCUCCAGCACCUAGACUAGGAGAGUUACAGGGAGGAUUGACCUCUUUCUCUGUGGCCCAGCACAGCGCUUCACUGGAUUGCAGUGGAGGGCAUGUGCUGAUUGAUGGUGACACUGAUCUGGGAUAUGUGGAGGACGGGACGGCUUGCGGGACGGAUCGCAUCUGCUUUAAUCACAAAUGCCUCCCAGUGCAGGACUUCAACUUCAGCACGUGUCCCGGCACCAAUGAAAGAGUGAUCUGCUCAGGACAUGGGGUGUGCAGUAAUGAGCUCAGAUGUGUGUGUGAGCUGGGCUGGGCAGGUGAGGACUGUAACGCCACCUCUCCAUUGAGUUACCUGCUGGUGCGACCCACAGCCAAAACAUCAGGAAUCAUCACUACUAACAUCAUCAUCGGGGCCAUUGCUGGCUCUAUCCUGGUCCUUGCAUUAAUUCUAGGGAUUUCUGCAUGGGGAUAUAAAACCUACAGACAGCGGCAGUAUGUUGAAUCAGACGUACACAGAAGAUUCUGUCGGCCGAUGCCUCCGGGAGAUUAUGUGAAGAAGCCUGGAGAUGCUGAUUCUCUGUACAGUGACAUGCCGCAGGGCGUCAGCUCCAACUCCGGCAGCAGCUCCAAGAAGAGGUCUGCUUACCUGUCUCACCUCCAGAUCAACACCUGCUCUUUCACCCCCUCUAUCCCCUCCAUCAGCCAAAACAUCUCUCUGUUCGGCUUCAGAUCGAAUGGUCUGUCUCACUCCUGGAGUGAAAGAAUCCCAGAUGCCAAGCACAUCUCUGACGUCUGUGAAAAUGGACGACCCAGAAGCAACUCGUGGCAAGGAAACAUCACAGGUACCCGCAAGAAGCUUAAAGGAAAGAAGUUCCGUGCUCGCUCCAACUCCACAGAGUAUUUAACCCCUUGCGUCAAAUCAGAAUAUUAUGUAACUAAAUGGGUAGAAGAUGUGAAUAAAAACACUGAAGGACCUUACAUUAGGACGCUGUCACCAGCCAAAUCACCCACCUCUUCAACAGGCUCCAUCGCCUCCAGCCGGAGAUACCCCUACCCCAUGCCUCCCCUUCCAGACGAGGAGAGGAAGGCCAACAGACAGAGUGCCAGGCUGUGGGAAACGUCAAUAUAAAAGAACCCCUGGAAACUGGUCUGCAAAACUCCGUAAGGACUUUCCUCUGCUUUUGUAUGAAUGAGAAAAUGAAAACCAGUGAGAAAACAAAGGAAUUGACAUGGAGAAACAAAGGGACGAGUGAGUGGUCUCCUCCGAUGUCUGUUCAGCAUCUGUGGCAUGGAGCCGUCUUUACCCUGGACGUUGAGGAGCGCGGUAACAGAUUCCCAUUCGUAAAACAGGACUCAGGAAUACGAUUUCAUCACGAGACAAACCCAGAAUGGCAGCCGUGCUGAGCAGAUACAGAGACAACUGCAGCCACUCGCGCCCCAUUAAAACCCCGCCCCCCUAAACACAUGCUGUCUUGUGAUUGCUGCCCGGGUGCGACAAGCUCACGCAGGAGCAGGAAGUAAACUAUUGUUCUGAACGCACGCUGUCACUGUAGAACCUACUGCUGUAUGCAUGAGAAAAACAUGUUUAUCCAUUCCUUGUAGUGUAACGAUGUACAAAAGUUUCAAGAUCUUUCACUCAAGGGUGCCGCAUGUAUCGAAAGACAGCUCCGUAGGCUGGUAAGAAUCACAUUUGAAACAUCCCCCCUCCUCCAAAUGCAUCACCACAAUAUCAUUCAGUCCAAUUCUUACACUUUCUCAGAGAAUUUUGUACAUAUGUCAUAUAAUUCAGAGUGAGAUUGUAGUACUUUUUUUUUUUUUUCGGAAAGUGUUUUUGGUGGAACUUUUAUUUUAACGUACAGAACGUCUGUCCUAAAUUUACAUUCGUCUCCAGCCCUAGUGCAUGGUACAAGAAGAAGUGUCCUGUUUUCAGCACUUCUACUUUUAAUUGGGUAGAUUAAGGGAUUAGUUCACCCAAAAAUUCAAAUGAUUUCAUUAAUAACUCUCAAUAGACAGAGAUGUUCCUGAGACGUCCAGAAAAGGAACCAAAAACCGCGUCAAAACGCAUCAGUUUGUUUUUUUUGAGAUCUUCUGGGAGUUUCGUGUGAUUGCAGUUAAACCUCUGAAGUCACAUGGAAUGUUUUGGCUAGGUGUUUAGUGUCUUUUUCUUAUGAUCAUUACAGGCUGUGGAGGGUCUGAGAGCUCUCAGAUUACAUCUAAUGUAACUUCGUUUGUGAUCUGAAGAUGAACAAAGGUCUCAGGGGAUUGGAACUAAAGGUUUCUUGCAGCGCAGAAAUAAAUCUCCGAAUAAAACACGGAAGCGGUUGGUAACUUUGAACGGGAGUGAGCAGUCUAACAAUAUAGCGCUCCAUAGUCUCGACGUUAUUCGGGAACAGCAUAUCUGUGCACAGCCAGUGCUCACGACUUUUACCAGUGGCGGAAAGAGUACUGAAAAUUCAUACUCGAGUAAAAGUACCAAUACAUGGCCAAAAAUGUAGUGCGAGUAAAAGUAUAUGUUGUAAUUAUUACUCAAAAUAUGAGUAAAAAGUAGACCUUAAAAAGUACUCAAGAGCAGGGAGUAUUACUCUGUGAAGUAGACAUGCAGUUUGUGCAGUGAUGUGUAAACGUAACAUUCUGUAGUGCAUUCAGUUAUCUUCUUAUAUUCCUUCCUUCGUUCAUCUUGUCCUUCCUUUAUUCAUUUGUUUGUUCAUUUAUUUUCUUUCAGUCAUUUGCUCCUUCGUUCCUCCCUUUAUUCGUCCCACUCAAUCAGUCGUUCGUUCAUUCUUUUGUUCUUUCCUUCAUUAGCUCCUUUGUUCAUUUAUUCAUUCUUUCGUUCCUUUGUUCCUUCCUUCGUUUGUUCUGUCCUUCCUUAAAUCCUUUCUUCCUUCAUUUGGUCCUUCCUUCCAUUUUUUGUUCGGCCUUUCCUUCAAUCGCCCCUUCUUUACGUUCUUCUUUCGAUUUAUUUAGUGAUUUAGUUAUGGCUGUUUGGUAAUUUCAGUCAUCACACAGUCGACACCCUUCAUCUUCUCAUCAGUGAUAUGCAGUCUAUAAACAGUCUCUGGGUCACUGCGUGUAAAGACUUUGGACAUUUUUGAUGCUUUCAAAAGGUUUGCUGCAUUUAAAAACCCAUGUCUUGAGCUAGUUCAUUAUGAUGCGGUUUAGUUUCUGUUUGUGAUUUGAUUGGACAGGGAUCAAAUUUUUCUACUUUAGCCAAUCACCA